CACUUUUUCAGUUUUGGCUAAUCUGGUUUUCCUCACUGACAUUUUAGACAUUCGUAACUGUCAUUUUUCUGAUCGGCGAUCGGCGUGUUUUCGUUUUGUCUUUUUUUGUAACAGAAAAAUGGCGGCCUUAAAAACUGAAAUUAAAGAAGAUAACGAGAAUGAGGAGGACCAGGAACGCAUUGACGAUGGUGAAGUAGAAACAGAAAAUACGGAAACGUCCAAAAAGAAGAAAAAAAAGAAAAAGAAAAAAGUCACUAAUGAUGAAGAUGGCAAAGUCGAAGAAAACGAUAAGCAAGUUUCGCCGGAAAACGGCGAGGUGGACGGUGAGGGUGACGGUGAUGGAGAAAAAAAGAAAAAGAAGAGAAGUAGGAAGAAGGGUGGUAAACCAAAACAAACAGACCCCCCUUCUGUUGCUAUUGCCGACUUGUUUCCCGAUGGUGUCUUUCCUAUAGGAGAAAUACAAGAAUAUAGUACAGAUAAAGAUGAUCGGACUGCCAAAGACCGUUUUUCAUCUGAAGAAAAGCGUGCACUGGAUAGAAUGCAUAAUGAUAUCUAUAAUGAAGUGCGCCUAGCUGCAGAAGCCCACAGGCAGACUCGCCAACACAUCCAGAAGUGGAUUAAACCAGGAAUGACUAUGAUAGAAAUAUGUGAGGAGUUGGAAAAUACUGCCAGGAAGCUAAUUGCUGAAAAUGGACUGAAAGCUGGACUUGCCUUUCCCACUGGAUGUUCAAAAAAUCACUGUGCCGCCCACUAUACCCCCAAUGCUGGUGAUAAGACUGUAUUUGAAUAUGAUGAUGUGGUCAAGAUUGAUUUUGGAACACACAUUAAUGGAAGGAUAAUAGAUUGUGCAUUUACUCACACUUUUAAUCCCAAAUAUGAUAAAUUAGUUGAAGCUGUAAGGGAUGCUACUAAUACUGGUAUUAGAGCAGCAGGUAUCGAUGUUCAACUCUGUGAAAUAGGUGCACAAAUUCAAGAAGUAAUGGAAUCAUAUGAAGUGGAAUUAGAUGGAAAAACUUACCAAGUUAAAUCUAUAAGAAACUUAAAUGGCCAUUCCAUAUCCCCUUACAGGAUACAUGCUGGGAAAACUGUACCAAUAGUAAAAGGUGGAGAAGCUACAGUCAUGGAAGAGAAUGAAUUUUAUGCAAUUGAAACUUUCGGUUCUACUGGUAGAGGUGUUGUACACGAUGAUAUGGAAUGUUCACAUUAUAUGAAGAAUUUUGAUGUCUCUUAUGUGCCAUUAAGAUUGCAGUCUUCAAAAACUCUUCUAAACAUCAUAAACAAGAACUUUGGUACACUGGCUUUCUGUAAAAGAUGGUUGGACCGUGCUGGAGCAACGAAAUACCAAAUGGCCUUAAAGGAUUUGUGUGACAAGAACAUCGUUGAUGACUACCCUCCAUUGUGUGACAUCAAAGGCUGCUACACCGCCCAGUUUGAGCACACAAUCAUGUUGAGACCUACCUGCAAAGAGGUUGUGUCCAGAGGGGAUGAUUAUUAGGAAGUUACCAAGAAAAGUUGUAUCGAGUGAAACUUAUUGAUGUCAGUUGUAAAUUACAUAUUUGGUAAAUAUUUUUGUUGUUUUUACUUGAUACAGAUGUUGAUAAUGAUCUACAAGGAUUUUUAUUUUGAUUUGUUAUAAAUGGUUUCCGUGAAUUAAUUAAUUUGUUAUGUGUUGACAUUGACAUUGGAAAUAAUAAAGAUUGCCAUAA